GAGUGUUAAUUUCGAGCCAAAUCUAUGUUGUUAACGUGUUGCUUUUUUCAUUUAUUAAUUUAAAAUCAUUUACUAUGCAUGAAAUGAUAUUCAACGAAUUGUUGAACAGAGCGGAUAUGAUUGUAGCUAAAAGAAUUUGUCACCCAACGAUUUAGAGGGACAGAGUUGACCUGAUGAUCGCGCAUUUGCGAUCAGGUAUUUGAUAACGACAUGUUGCGUUACUUAUUAUCCAUCGUUUUGCUAUUGCAAUGUUCAACGUUCAACAAUUGUGAAUCAGCAAGAAGCCGAAUCAACAUUAAGCACAGAUACUCUCCGAGCCACAUUAAACUACAUUCACCGCACCAGCAUUUGGUCAGCCCGAUUAACCUACUCAACCCGGACAAAUACGAGUAUUUCACAAUCAAUAACCAAGGGAAUAUUAUAAAACGGUUGAUGACAUCGAAAGAAAUACAAAGUAUUGUGGCUGGUAAUAAUAUCAAACAGAGCGUUUUCGACAGGCUAGAAUCGCCACAAGGCAUAAUAACGAAUAUCGUUAGCAGCAUAAAAAAUGUGCUGAAUACAGAGCUACUGUCAAAACAUCAAGAAAAUCAGAACGCUGAUAACAAUGUAAAUCAUCACAUUGCUGAUGUAACGACUUUUGAGUCUACGGACAAAGAAAAUGAGUACGUCCCGGCUGUUUUAAGUUUCGAGAUAUCUAGCCCAGAUGAGGAAGCAGUCAAUUCUCAAAAUUCUAAGCAACCUGCAACUGCUUUACCUGAAACCUCGUCACAAUUCUACGCAACGGAAAAGAUUACAAUAAAUCCGACACAAUACGAAAAAGUUACGGGAAGUACGUCUCAACAAUUCGAUGAGGAUACUACAGAAAAAGUGCCGAUGAUGAUCUUAUCAUUGAACACGCCAAAACCUGAAGAAGUGCAAUUUGGAAACACGAAAGAACCUGAUUAUGCCGCAGUUUCAACUACCAUUCCAAUGUUUGGGGAGCAGACAGAUUAUACUUUCCAUUUUACGGCAUCUACGGAAAAGCUAACUGAAAACACUCCUAUGCUUUUAGGAGAGUACACAAAUAAAAUAAGUUAUCCGACAAUUCCCACAGAACAAGUAACGGAAAUUACACCCCAACUUUUGAACGAUUAUACAGCAGAAACAACAUACAACUCGAUUCAUAACAUCACAAAGCCUAUAAAAAGUACACCCUAUCGACCAACAGCAAUUACAACAGAAUACACCACGGAGAGUACAUCGUAUCAGACGGAUGAUAAGUUGUUAAUGUCAUACUUGUUGACCAACAAGUUAAGUGAUCAACUAAAGACAACAACACCUCAACCAACGAACGAAAACACAAUGGAGACUACGGAGUUAUCUCAAUUAAGCACUCUCUAUCAAACAGCUGAUAAUCUUCUAACGUCUUUCAUAAUUAAUAAGCCAGAUCCAUCUGAAACACUUCAGGUUGACCCUCAAGAUGAAGAUAGAAUAACAACAUUUACGUUGCCCAGCACACUGAGUGGCACUAACUCUUUUGAAACUACUACAGCUCCAAGUAGAGAUCAUUUCACCCAAUUUCCUAAAACAACUUUUAUUACAACAAUUGACGGUGAAUAUGACCCUUCUUAUACUACGCAAAAUGAUUAUCAUACAAAGUUGGUAACAAGCUUAAAUCGUUUUGGACAAACUACUGUACAAGAUGCCACUACCGAAUUGAACACACAAGAAUAUAAUUUUAAGAAUGAAUAUUCUAAGACAACAGUAAAUGCUCAAGGGUUAAGCACAAUAGCUGAUACAACAAACAAACCAGAAACAUCUACUUUCUCUGAGUAUCAAACAACGGAUGUUAGCAUUCAACAACAACCGGAUAAACUUACUACUCUAAGUGACACGCAGAACUCUUUCUACAUGAUUUUGGAGCUACUUAAGGACGAUACAAUUGACAACGAAUCAAGUAUACAGCAGUACGGUCAAAAUAAUAUCGAAAACACUGUUUCUCAGGAAAUUAUAGAAGAAGGAGAAAUGAUCAAUGACAUGGAAGAUUAUUCGUUAGAAUCUACCACUACACAGGCUACUACUGAAGAUUUAACAAGUGGUAGCGAAGUGACAACAGAACAGUCUCACUAUAAGCUGCCUGAACUCAUGUAUACCGACGCAAUGACUGAAAAGUAUACUUUAACAGACCUUUUCAGCACAUGGAAUGAUAUCAAAACGGUUACCCCAGAGUUGAAUCCCACAACGACCAUUACUAAGCGCCCAAUAUCUACGACUAAGCCAAUCCUUACAACAGCUCAGAUGAAGUUGACCCCAUCAAAGUCCGGUUCAUCAUCAACACAAGACGCAGCAAAUCCAUCCUCAAACGAAUUUGUCUCCAUUGCGGAAAUGAUUCUUCGGCAAGCCAAUUUGCCGGUCCGUACUGACAGCGCAGAAAAUGUUGAUGUUCAAAAUCUGAUAAACUUACUAUCGGUAACUAACAAGAACAUGAGCGUCUACGUAGACGAAACUGCUACAGUUGCAUCUGUACUCAAACCGAUGAGAAAGCCACAACCUGUUCAUAACUCUGAGCCUUCCAGCCAGAAAGUGGAUCAGUCUUUCCUGUCGGUCACCAAUGAACUCAAACAGGAUAUCCGGACGGAGUUGCCAGAGGUUGCUGCAAAUCGCAUCACGAAUGAUCUCUUCCAAAAACUUGGUGAAUCGGAAGGACGUCGUAAUACAUCGUUUAGUGAUCAGUUAAAUACUUCCGAUUUACUGCUCAUCACAGAGCAAACUGAAGAAUUUCCUGAAGAUUCUGAACAAAAUAAUAACAAUGAUGACAGUGGCGAGAGUAGUGAAAUGAAUGAUUUUUUCAGGCGUUGUAACAGAAUAGGGAUGGACAUGUUUCGAUCCCUAACAACCUCGAACGAAUUUGCACAGACAAAAAGUUUCACAUUCUCUCCGUUUUCGGCGAUAUCUAUGAUAUCCAUGCUACACUUGGGGGCACGUGGGAAAACGGCAGAGCAGAUAGAUAAACUGAUUGGCCUUGACGAAAUGACAUCGUUCAACCCCCACGUUACGUUCCGAGCCAUUUCUCAAUCGAUAGAGGAGGAAAACGCCAACUCCUAUUUCGUACGGAUGCUUUUUAGCGAUAAAAAACUCGGAGAAUUGCAAAACUUUUUCAAAACAAAAGUAAGGCAGCUGUACUCAGGUUACGCUGAGGAAAUAGUGUUCGACGACAAAAAUACAAUUACAAAGCGGAUCAAUACCUUGGUCAACAAUUCCACACAGGGAGCAUAUUCCCAAUUUCUGGAAAGCUUGAAAAUACGUGCUGCACCACCGCUAUGCUUGAUCUCAGCCAACUCUUUUGAGCUUGGUUGCACGACAGACGGCGAUAAUCCUGACAUAUUUUUCCACAUAAUCGACGCGAAUAGUAAACGCAAGCUGAUUUACCUUACCGCCGAUGUGUACACAGGAAGUUUCUUGUUCGGUUAUAAUCCGGAAAUGGACGUUUCUGUGGCGUCAGUUUUCUCAGAGGCUCGCGAAAUAUCAACCUUAUUCUUGAUGCCAGGUCAACAGGGUGGAACAAUCGAAUGGAAUAGCCUGCUGCAUUUGGAAAACAGUAUACUAAAGAACUUCCCAUUGAAACUCAGGCUGUUGGAGACAAAAUUAAGGCCCCAGCUUAACAGUGUCUUGCAUAUACCUCAUCUCAAUCAGCACUCGUUUGUCAAUGUUUCACGACAAUUACAUCAAUUAGGAUUAGGUGAACUUUUCCACGGAGAUUCGUCAAACCUUAGAGGUAUACAAGAAACCACAGUUGCACCAAUACAUAUGUCCGAAUUCUUACAAGUCAAUCGAGUUAGCUUGUGCGGCACAUCAGUCAAAGAAAGGUCUAGUGAAAUGUAUUCAUCAUUUGCGGAUGUAAAAAACAAUUUGAAAAAAUAUCGGAGAACCCAGAAUGCUAAUCAAGGGAACAAUGAGAAUGUUAUAAAAUUCGACAAACCUUUUCUCUAUAUUAUAAGGCAUAACCCAUCACAGCUUAUUCUUUAUGUAGGUCGAUUUAAUCCAGUGGAAUAAUUUAUUUUUGAGUUAUUUAUUAUAUUAGAUAGAAUAAAUUAUUUAUGACCC